UGCCUUGGUCAAACUCGUCGUAGCUCCCGCCGACCUUUUACUAUGCCUCCGCACCUCCACCCUCGGUCGCGCAUGACCAUGUCGCUCUUUACUUCCACUCUUAUGGUCUCCUUUCUGGUCGUCGCAACUCCUCACUUCCUGCCUUGCCCUGUGGACCCGCGUACCCUCACCGACUCCGCCUCUCCCGACGCCCUGUCAGGAGAGCCGCGAAAAAGACGCCGACGUAGAGUGCCAAGGGAGGAAACCUGCAACGAUGUCAUGAGCGAAGAGCGAAGAAAGAUGCAGGAGGCGGAGGAGGAAUGGACCAUGUCGAAAAAGCGGGAGUGCCCCGUACCAAAGCCAGGAGGUCUGAUCGGGCAGGUCCUUGGCCUGAAGAGCCAUCAACAAGACGGGGAAGACGAGCGGCCAUCGGUGACGACACAGGUCAGAACAGCACGCCAGGAGCCACGCUCAUGA